AUGCACUGGCUGCAGGAGUGGUGGACGGGGCGAAAGAGAGGCAGAGGGGGGAAAAGUCCCCCUGGGAGGGGAACUGGCCGGAGUGAGCAGGCUGGAAAGAGGGGGCGGAGUGCGCGGAGUCUGAGGAGCCGCCGCUCCGCAGUUGCCGCCACUGCGGCGUCUAGGCUGCGCCAGAGGGAGGCGGGGGGACGCGCAGGGGCGGCCGCCGCGGUCGUCAGGCCACCGGGGCCAUGCGGCCGCUGCCCGAGCCUCGCUAACUUCCCGGGCGGAAGAGGAGGAGGAGGAAGGGGCUGUGAGCGACUGGGGGGAUGCCGAGAAGCAGUCAGUUCCCUGCACCCAACACCUAACAGCCCUUCCUCCGUGCGCCCCGCGGGGCGGCGGGCUCGGCGGCGGCGGGCGGGCUCGGCGGAGCGGCCCAUGUCCGGCGCGGGCGAAGCCGGCGCUCCCGGGCCCGCGGGGCCGCAGCGCGCGGCCGAGGCGGGCGGCGGCCGGCUCGGCGCCCCGGCCCAGGGAAAAUGUGAUAAAGACAAUACUGAAAAAGAUAUAACUCAAGCUACCAAUAGCCACUUCACACAUGGAGAGAUACAAGACCAGUCCAUUUGGGGAAAUCCUCUUGAUGGUGAACUUAUCAGAACCCAACCUCAGCGUUUGCCUCUGCUUCAAACUUCAGCACAGGAACCCAGCGAGGAGGAAAUAAGCAAGAUAAAGAACGGCCACACAAGUCUGAGCAAUGGAAAUGGAAUUCACCACGGGGCCAAACACGUAUCCGCAGAUAAUCGCAAACUUUCAGCACCUGUUUCUCAAAAAAUGCAUAGAAAAAUUCAGUCCAGCUUGUCUGUAAACAACGAUAUCAGUAAAAAGAGCAAAGUAAAUGCUGUCUUUUCCCAAAAGACAAGCUCUUCACCUGAAGAUUGCUGUGUCCACUGUAUCCUGGCAUGCUUGUUCUGUGAAUUCCUGACCCUCUGCAAUAUUGUCCUGGGACAAGCGUCGUGUGGCAUCUGCACCUCAGAAGCCUGCUGCUGUUGCUGUGGAGACGAAAUGGGGGAUGACUGUAACUGCCCUUGUGACAUGGACUGUGGCAUCAUGGACGCCUGUUGUGAAUCAUCAGACUGUUUGGAAAUCUGCAUGGAAUGCUGUGGAAUCUGUUUUCCUUCAUAAAUAUUUAUCUUUUGUUUGUGUUAAAACUGGAGAGUGUUUUAAUUCUUUUUUUUUUCUUUUGAGGGGGCGGAAAAGCACAUGGUAAGAUUCUCAUAAAGCAACGUGGUAUUUGCACUGUUAACUUGUUAUUUUAAGUAAUCUCUGAAUGCCUUUUUUCUUUAACCAAAUCUAUAUGGUUUAAUAUGUGAAUUUUCAACUACUUUUUUAGUUUUCUAAACUUCUUAAUAGGUUACAAUAACUUAGGGACCUUUGGACACCCCCUCAUAUUAAAUGUCUCCUCCUUCCUAUUGCUAUUUCUGUUUCUUCUAACCAUUCUUAGGAGUCCCUCUCUCCAAAUAUAUUAUUUCCAAAUAUAUUAUUUAAACUGGACAGUUUAUGUUUGGGUGUGUAUCUAUUGAUGGUUAAAGGUAAGCAUUCUUUACUUUAAAGUACACUUUGGGG